UACCGACUGUCAUUUUAGCUCGACAGUAUUCAUCUUGAUAUUAACUAUAAAAAUAUAAAUUGUUUAAAAAAUUAUAUUAGUUCGCAUAACCACCACGCCGAUUAUCUUUUCUAUCAUUGUAUAAGUGAUAUUAUGUUUGUCCUGAUAAAAUUAGUUUCAGUUAUUUUGCCUUACAUUGAACUACUCUUCAAUGUUCAGUAACUGUCGACUGUCGAGUGUCAACAUCUGACAUCACUGCGUCCGUGCGGCGUUUUGGCUUUUGGCGCGCAUUCGCUCUUAAGCGUCUAUUUGUUUACAUGAUAUUUUAAUUAACUAUCAUCAGUGCUAGGGGUUAUUUUUUUGUGAAGUAUUAUAAAAUAGUCUUGUGUGUUUGAAAACAGAAUUUAACAUAGUCCUUAUGAAAUAAAAUGUUAAGUCCAAUGUCGUGGAAUAAAAUUCCUAUUAAAAAUCGUGAGCUUCAACUGAUCGGUACAUUAAACGGAGGCCAAAGUUUUAGGUGGACUUUUGACAGAAAUGAAAAUAUAUGGACUGGUAUUUUCGCAAAAACUGUAUGGAGACUCCAAGAGGAAGAUGAUUGUUUGAAGUACAUAGUUCUUGGAUCAUUAUUAAAAAAAACAGAUAUGGAAGGAAUCAGGCAUGUGGAUGUUUACAAGAACUUGUUACAAAAAUAUUUCCGUCUGGAUGUUGAUUUAAGUAACUAUUAUAAAACAUGGUCAGAAAAGGAUGACUUGUUUAAAUCCGCUUGUGUACAGUUUUAUGGGAUUAGAAUGUUAGCUCAAGAGCCAGUAGAGAAUCUAUUUUCUUUUAUUUGUAGUCAAAAUAACCAUAUAUCAAGGAUAUCAAGUAUGGUAGAAAAGUUAUGUACACAUUAUGGUGAGAAAAUUUGUGAAGUUAAUGACAUAUCAUAUUAUUCUUUUCCUGAUGUAGAUAAAUUAGCACAGCCAAAGGUUGAGUCACAACUUCGAGAACUAGGAUUUGGAUAUAGAGCCAAAUUUAUAAAGAAAUCAGCUGAUCAAAUAGUUGAAUGGGGUGGUGAAGAAUGGUUUAAGGGUUUACAGGUAAAGAUGUAUAAGGAUGCUAGAGCAGAGCUUAUGAAGCUAUGUGGAAUUGGACCUAAGGUUGCAGAUUGCAUUUGUUUAAUGUCAUUAAAUCAUUUAGAUGCACUGCCAGUUGAUACGCAUGUUUACCAAAUAGCUGCUCAAAACUAUCUCCCUCAUUUGAAGGGUAAGAAAAGUGUUACUGAAAAAAUUUACACAGAAAUUGGUGAUCACUUUAGAAGUUUAUAUGGAGAUAUGGCUGGCUGGGCGCACACGGUGCUGUUUUGUGCAGAUCUAAAGAAAUUUCAACAAAAUGAUGAAGACAUACCUCAAAAACGAAAGAAAAGGUAACAAUAAAAACUUCCAUAUGAA